UCAGAGCCAUUUCCAUCCAGCCAAAAUCCUCGUCAUGGAGACGGAGCCACCCAAAGUGCUCGCUUCUCUCACCGUACUGUUGCUGCUGGCGACGGCGCUCGCGCCGGUGCCCGGAGAACAAGCGAGGGCACUCCUCGUCUGGAAAGCCAGCCUCAGCAACCAAAGCCAGCACGCCCUACGGUCUUGGGAGAACAUGUCCGCGCCCUGCAGCUGGCUCGGAGUCAGGUGCACAGCGCACCGACGCUGGCGCCAGACGGCGAUCAGCGGCAUCUCUCUAAGGGGGAUGCGGCUGAGAGGGACGCUAGAGUCCCUCAACUUCUCGGCCCUCACAACCUUGACGUGCCUUGACCUCUCGCACAACUACCUUGCCGGGGCCUUCCCUCCUGGCAUUGGGGUCCUCAGAGAGCUCCAAGCUCUUCUCCUGCAAGGCAACCAGAUAAGAGGGUCAGUUCACCUUGGCAAAAUGAGCAGUAAUCUUGUGACCCUCAAUUUGUCAAUCAAUCACUUAGCUGGUCACAUCCCUUCUGAAAUAGGCCACCUAAGGCACUUAGUUACAUUAGAUUUGUCUAGUAACAAUCUUUCCGGCUCAAUCCCAAGCAACAUAGGUGGUCUAACAAAACUCACCACCUUGAACCUCUUUGAAAAUAAUCUUUCAGGCAAUAUUCCAAGAGAAUUAGGUUAUUUGGUAAACUUAGAAGAUUUUGAUCUUAGUGAAAACACACUUUCAGGUUCCAUCCCAAACAGCUUAGGAAAUUUGACAAAACUCACCACCUUGCAUCUUUUUCAGAACCUGCUUUCUGGGCAAAUUCCACGGGAACUAAGUUACCUGGUUAUCUUAGAGGACUUAGACCUUAGCAACAACACACUCUCAGGUUCCAUUCCAAGAAAUUUAGGUAAUUUAACUGAGCUCACUAUCUUACGUCUUUGGGUCAACAGACUCUCCGGCCAAAUUCCAAGAGAAUUAGGUUACCUUGUGAACUUAGAGAACUUGGAUCUUAGCAACAACACACUCUCGGGCUCUAUCCCAAUAAUUAUAGGGAACUUGACAAAACUCACUUAUUUGUCCCUUUUUCAGAACCAACUUUCUGGUAAAAUUCCACGAGAACUAGGUUACCAUGUGAACUUACAGGUCUUGGAUCUUAGCCAAAACACACUCUCAGGUUCCAUCCCAGACAGCUUGGGAAAUUUGAUAAGACUCAAAACCUUGCAAAUUUUCCAGAACCGACUUUCUGGACCAAUUCCACCAGAAUUAGGUUACCUUGUGAACUUAGAGGGCUUGGAUCUUAGCAACAACACACUCUCAGGUUCCAUUCCAAGAAAUUUGUGUAAUUCGACCAAACUCACUUUCUUGCGCCUUUGGAAAAACAAACUUUCUGGUCAAAUUCCACGAGAAUUGGGUUACCUUGUGAACUUAGAGAAUUUGGCACUUCAAGAAAACACACUCACAGGUUCUAUCCCAAUCACCAUAGGGAAUUUGACAAAACUCACUCUCGUGUACCUUUAUCGCAACCAACUUUCAGGGUCUAUACCUCAAGAAAUUGGCAAGUUAAUGAGUUUGGUUAAGUUGGACCUUGCUUUCAACAACCUCUCCGGUUCCUUGCCAUCUGGACUUUGUGUGGGAGGUCGGCUACAAAAUUUAGUCGUUGUUGGUAACAACUUGGUUGGACCAUUGCCAUCAAGCUUGCUAAAUUGUACAAGCCUAGUUAGGGUUCGACUUGAACAGAAUUACCUUGAAGGAGAUAUCACCGGGAUGGGAUCUUAUCCAAAUCUUGUCUAUAUUGAUAUCAGUUCGAAUAAACUAUUUGGCCAAUUAUCUCAUAUUUGGGGUGAGUGCUACAAACUUACUGUGCUACGUGCCUCAAACAAUCAUAUAACUGGAGUAAUACCAUCAAGCAUAGGGAAAUUAUCUAUGCUAGGGAUACUUGAUGUUUCAUCAAACAAGCUUGAAGGACAGAUUCCACCGGAAAUUGGUAAUGUAAUGAUGUUGUUCAAUUUGAGCCUUUCCGGCAACUUACUGCGGGGAAAUAUGCCACACGAAAUUGGAUCAAUGAACAACUUGGAGUAUCUAGAUUUAUCAUCAAACAACCUAACUGGGCAGAUACCAGACUCAAUUGGACACUGCCAAAAGAUUCACUUUCUAAAGUUGAGCCAUAAUCACCUCAAUGGUAUAAUUCCUAUUGAACUAGGAAUGUUGGUAAACCUACAAGAUCUGUUGGAUCUCAGUGACAAUUCAAUUGAUGGCAAUAUUCCAAGUGUGUUAGGAAGUCUCGGUAUGCUUGAAGCCUUGAAUCUUUCUCACAAUGCACUGAAUGACAGCAUUCCACCAUCAUUUCAAAGCAUGACAAGUCUCCUAUCCAUGGAUGUGUCAUACAACAAAUUGGAAGGACCAUUGCCACAUACUAGGUUCUUCGAAAAAGCUCCAAUCAAAUGGUUCCGGCAUAAUAAGAAAUUGUGUGGUGUUGUGAAAGGUUUGCCCACUUGUGAUCUUCCUCGAAGUAGUGAACAAGGAAAAAAGUCUGGGGCUAUUUUACUAGCUAUUAUACCAAUUGUUGUAUCUUUUGUGUUUAUGACUGCAGUAGUAACAUGGCAAUGCAAAAAGAAAAAACCAAGGACAGGAACUGCAAAUGAAGUACAACAAACCAACAUGUUCUCCGUCUGGAAUUUUGAUGGGGAAGAUGUGUACAAUAAAAUUGUUGAUGCCACAAAAAAUUUCAGCAGCUCUCAUUGCAUUGGAACGGGAGGGAAUGGAUCUGUCUAUAGAGCUCAGUUACCAACUGGUGAAUUAUUUGCAGUGAAAAAGAUCCAUAUGACGGAAGAUGAUGUGCAAUUUAACCAAGAAAUACAAGCCUUGAUGCAUGUUCGACAUCGCAACAUUGCAAAGUUGUUUGGUUACUGCUCUGCAACUCAGGGAAGAUUCCUUGUGUAUGAGUACAUGGAUAGAGGUAGCUUAGCAGCAACUUUGAAGGGCAAGGAAACUGCAAUUGAAUUGGAUUGGACGAGGAGGUUAAAUAUUGUUUGUGAUGUUACUCAUGCUUUGUCUUACAUACAUCAUGAUUGUUUCGUGCCGAUAGUCCAUAGAGAUGUAACAAGCAACAACAUUUUGCUUGAAUUGGAAUUUAAAGCGUGCAUCUCGGAUUUUGGUCUAGCAAAAAUACUAGACGUGGAAGCAUCGAACUACACAAGUCUUGCUGGUACAAAAGGAUAUCUUGCUCCAGAUCUUGCAUACACAACAAGGGUGACAGAGAAGUGUGAUGUUUAUAGUUUUGGAGUGCUCAUUCUAGAGUUGUUUAUGGGACAUCAUCCACGUGAUUAUCUUUCAUCUAUGGACAAGAGAAGCACAUUACUUGAGAAUUUGUUGGACACACGGCUUCCACCCCCUGAAGUUGAGAUCACAAGUGAAAUAUUCAAAGUGGUCACGGUCGCGGUUCAGUGCAUAGAACCGAAUCCAUCACACCGUCCAACAAUGCAGCAGGUGGCCAAGGUGUUGUCAAGAGCUGAACGACCUGCUAACGAUCUUGAUUAUCUCCAUGUUGACAUUAUCAUCCCUGCUUGUUGGUCAUGAACAGGGUUUUGGUUAGCGCUCGAAAUUUCAAGAUUUACCGUGGUUACCACAUAUUUCGGCCCCCCUCGGUAAAUGGCCAUUUCGAGAAAAAAGAAUCACAUUUUUUGAAUUUGUUGAAUUCAAACGCUCAAUGUACAGUAAAGUAUGGUAACACCUCACAACACUCGCGUAGACAACAUUCCACUGAGCUAGUACCUCUUUUAUGAUAAAUAUAAGUUUAAGUGCUAUCUAUACCUAUUUUGAAGAAAAUUGAAUCCAAAAUUGAAUUAUAAA